AUUUAGCGGACGGAACAGGAAACAGAGGCUUAACUUGUAUCCCUCUCAUAUUAUCGAAAUAUACAUGUAGACGUAAGCAUUUUCGUGUGUUUGUGGGUAGAAUGGUGUCCCGCAGACAGGAACGGGUGUGGAGGUAUGUGGAGGAAGGCAAUCUUCUAAAGCUAAAGUCGUUUCUCCGAAAGCACCGGGAUUUGGACGUCAACUUCUCCAAGGGGAAGAGGCUGAGGAGCCCACUGCAGCUGGCCUGCUCGCUGGAAGACGACGCUGUGCUGCGGCUGCUGCUCAAACACGGGGCCGAUAUUCUUCAGAGAGACCGAAAAGGAGACACAGCCCUUCACAUCGCCGCCAAUAGGGCGCUAAAACACGGGAAAAGGGUAUAUGAUGACGUCGUUGUGCCUCUUAAGAAAAAAUGUCCAGAAGCUUUAAAUGCACCAAAUAGAGCUGGAGUAACACCACAAGAUCUGCUGAACUGGAUGAAAAAUUCACAGGCUGCGGAAAACAUGAGUCGUCCACCCAAAGCAGACCCAGAGAAGGAGUGGCUGGAGAAGCUGUUUGGUGAAUGCGAGGAUGAAUUCUUCGAAACCUUUGGAGCAUAUGAUGCUGAUGAUUAUCUACCUGUUGACGAAGAAGAGGAAGACUUUGGGGAUUGGGUAGAUCGCAUCAGAAGAGAAUAUUUUCAUAAGAAACACGUUGAAGCUCAAAGACUGGCAGCGUCAUCUAGGAAAAAAGAAAAAUGUAGACAAAAAGAGGAAAGCAAUAAAGAGCUGUUUGAAAGGUUGCAGAGAGAACACGAGGAGUACCUGGCUCGAGCGGCGCAAAAAGAGGAAGAGACUCGGCGGGGAAAGAAACGGCAUUACGAUGAGCGAUGUGCUGACAUGUUCAGCUCGGCUGCCUCCACAUCGGGCAGCUCAAAGCUCAGCUAUGGUGACAUCCCCUGGCCAGCUCCGAGGGGCACCGUCCAGGAGAUGUUGGAUGUAAUGCUGCACGGUGUGGACCGGAAGGACGAGGCGGCAUUUCGUAAAGCCCUCCGGAAGCAGCAGGCGCUGUGGCAUCCUGAUAAGUUUGCUCAGCGCUGUGAAGCUCGGCUGGAAGAGAAGGACAAGCAGCGGAUUCUGGACACAGUGACGGCUCUGUCACAGGAACUCAACAGCCUGGCUCAGACUCUCAAGGCUUAGAGAUGAACACUAAUCACAUGUUUUAACAAACUCAGCACUAGUAUCCUAUCGAAUUGGCAACAAAGUUCUUGCACUGUAAAGUCCAAACUCCUAAAGACAUCAUUGGUGCAAACUAUGGGAGUUCUUGAACAAAAUAAUAAAA